GUAAAUUACGGCGGCGAUAUAAAAUGCCUCGAGUCAUCCCUCCGGAGAAUCUCGGUUGCCCACCGAUCCGUGCUUUAACCUUUGACUCUCUCGGCUUAAUCAAAGUGACUGAAGCUCGUGGUAAAGAGAGAGGUACUCCGACUGUAGUGAACACAUGGGGAGAGAUGAAUGCAUCUAGGACUGUUCUUGCUGCUUCCAUUGAUGACCGGUUAAGGAAUCCGCUUUUGGCUGUUGCAAGAAAAGAUGGCAAUGUUGAGGUUCUUAAUCCUUGUAAUGGUGAUCUUCACUUUUCAUACUCUGUAUUUGGUGAUGAUGGUUGUUCCCCUGAGGAUAACGAAAUUUCUGCCCUGCACUUAUUCAGAAAAAAGAUAGAUGAUCAAGCAGAAAGAUCUUCCACAUUGCUUACAUGCACGAAAAAGGGAGAUGUGAGCCUCAGAUCAGUUAAAUUUCCAGAUGCACAUGGUGAUUCUACGGAUGAUGCUUCUCCUAAAACUUGGAAAGCAUGUGGUUCUGGUGAAAUAUUGGUUGGUAAAGUGGAUGGGAGCGAAAACUUCAGCUUAUUUGGAGGGAAACGGGUUGAGGCCAAUAUAUGGGAUCUUGAACAAUGUACUAAGAUCUGGAGCGCAAAAUCCCCUCCUAAGGACAAUCUUGGAAUCUUCACGCCUACCUGGUUCACUAGUGCUACGUUCUUGAGCAACGAUGAUCACCGUAAAUUUGUCACGGGAACCAAGUCUCACCAGGUCCGUCUUUAUGACAUUUCUACUCAACGUAGACCGGUCCUGUCCUUUGAUUUCCGUGAGACCGCCAUUACAGCAAUCGCGGAAGACCCAGAUGGUCAUACUAUCUAUGUCGGGAAUGCUUCUGCUGACCUCGCUUCCUUUGAUAUACGAACAGGAAAGCUGUUGGGAAGCUUUUUAGGAAAAUGCUCUGGAAGCAUAAGAUCUGUGGUUAGACAUCCACAGCAUCAAGUGAUAGCUUCUUGCGGCUUGGACCGAUAUUUACGGGUUUUUGACGUGAAGACACGCCAUCUCAUUUCUGCGGUUUUCUUGAAGCAGCAUCUUACAGGUCUUGUAUUCGACUCAGGCUUUUCUGGAGAAGAGACAGCUGAAGCAAACACAGUGGUUGAGGCUGCGACAGAGGAGAAGAUGACGAUCAUGGACCAGGAAGAUGAUGAAACAGAGGAGGCUCCUGUGAAAAGAAAGAAGUCAAAGAAAGAGAAACGCAGUAGAGAAAUAGUCUUUGAGGGUGAAGACGAUGAGGAGAAUGAAGACGAGAUUGAGAAGGCUCCUGUCAAAACAAAGAAGUCAAAGAAAGAGAAACGCAGUAGAGAAAAGGUCGUCUCUGAAGGUGAAGAGAAAGACGAGUUAAGAAGCAAGAAGACACGAGAGCACAAGAAGAAGACCAAGAAAGUGAAACACAAUCAAGAAGACUAGGUUUAAGUUUUGAAGACACAUUGUUAACUUUGCUCUGAUCCGAGCUACAGUUUUGAACAAAACACUCGCACAAAAGAAACAGAGUUUGUGUGUUAUCUAUAAAGACUAGUUUUGAUA